UAUUUAUAGGUCCAAAAUUACCACAAAAAUAUACAUUUUCAUUUGCUUUGAAAGUGUAAAAAGUCCCAGUUGCCCAAGCCUUUACUUUUCUCCAGUUGUGUUCAGUCUGUGUAGGAGGCAGUACACAAAUUCCAACUCAAGGAAGCGUAGAUACUAACACUAAGUCAGGAAAUGCCACCAAUUUUGAGGUCGAAGAGAUCAAACACAGGUCAAGAAUCCAAGCCCAAAAUUAAACUGGAACACGUGCUUUCGAAUAUAAUACGACAAGGUAUGAAGAAGAUGGGUGAACCAUCACCAGAUGACGUUCAAGUCCUUGAAGAGGCCAGAAACUUAGCAUAUUCCAGUACGUCGAUCUCCAGUGACCAGGAGGAAAAUAGUGCUGCACCACAGCAAGCUAAUAGGAGAGUAGGUAUAAUUUAUUCGAACGAGUCAGCGGACCAAACGCAGAAGUUAGUGAUGGACUUUUAUUCUGGGACUGAUCUGAAUGGCCUCGAACCGGUUGCUUCAGUGUCGGUGAGCAAUAACCCCUUCGAAAACUUUCUCCAGGAUAUAUCCGUGGCUCACGGCACUAGACCCGUUGAUAAUAUGCAGGAAGCAUUUGAUAAAUGGCUUGAAAUGACACCCAGGCAAAAAGAAGUUUUUCAGGCUGAGAACUAUGUCCUUAAAUUAUUUAACGAAGUGGGGAACCGUGAUGAUAUCUAUAAGGCUGUUGGGUUUCACCCGGAUGAAGAUUUCCCAAAGGGCGUGGCUAAUGAAAGGCCUCAGGAGCAGAAACCAAAGGUCAAAGCUCAAACUAAUUUGAAUAAGUCGACUCAAGUGCUGCGAAAGCCUGUUAAGCGGUUGAAGACAAAGGCACGCGAAGUGGUGACUCCGAAAAAGUCCCCCAAACAACAAGGGGCUUCAUCGGUGCCGGUUCGUCGCAAAAAUAGCGCCCCGGCCUAUAAGAACUUUCUUCGCAAAAUCCUGCAAAGCAAUCCUGGCCUGUUAGCCGUGGAGGCCGCCACCUUAUGGCGCAAAAUGGUCCCAGUCGAAAAGGAUUUCUAUCGCGUGUCCAGCUCUGAUCGCCUAAAAAAGGCUGAAGAGGUUAAAAGCGAAGCCCACAAGCCCGUGCGAUCCAAGACCAAGAAUGUAUUGAAAUUGCCAAAACCACGGCCACAAGGUAGGAAGCGGAAAACUACACGAUCGACCCAGGCUCCCAAAGAUGCCUUCGUUGACUCGGAAAGCGAUUCUGCUGUUGCAGGGGGCCAACUCCAAGUUUGUACAGGAAACAUUUCAGAGUCAGAGGGAAGUAGGCUUUCCUGGCCGAGAUUUGAAUACAUCGCAAAGGCAAUAGAUAAAGUAAAGCAUUUAUUCCUUUAAAUAUUUGUUUCCAAAUUUUUCUUGUAAAAUGUAAAAUAAUUAAAAAUACGUUUUUUAUAGAAACAAAUAAAACACCAAAAAAAUGAAAA